AGCCCGGCGCUGCGAAUUUGCACCCGGGAGGGAGAGUGGUGGAUGCGGAGAGUUUAGAGUUGCUGGCGGAGGGCAGGAGGGGAGCCGGGCGGGGAACGGGGGCUGGCGGGCGCUAUAGCUGGGAGUAAGUUUCCAGGAUCGGGAGAGCCUGCACGCUAGCUCGCUACCCCACCGGCCCCCUGUCGCACCCCCCAAGCGGAGACUGGGCUUCCUGUCUUUUUGCCAUGCACUUGUUGCAGAAGCAGCCAAGGCCCCGGCUCCGGAGGAUGCAGAAGGAGGAAGGCACCAGAGUAGCCCGGCCCUGAACGCACCACCCUCACCUCCUGCAACAGGUAGCGUCUCUGGGGUUCUUGGCACCAGAACAGUGUGUGGCAAAGGGUCUCCUCUUCCCACCUGACAGCAGCAUGACAGCAGCAUGACCCGGCGGCCACAGGAGAAGUCCCCAGAAGCAGGCCCCCUGCUCAGCCACCUGCUGCCCCAGUCUGGGUGUGUGCAGCCUCUUCUCACUGUGGUGGCAUUUGGUCUGGACCUCAGCGUGGGUGAGGAUGUAAAACCCCCCGCUCUGCACAUGCGUGGUCCAGGCCAGCAGGAACCCCCAGCCCCGGCCACCCUCACGCACAUGUCAGCCGUGGAGUAGUGUGGACAUCUCCUCUCAGCUUCUCAGGGUUUCAGUCUUUGGCUUUUCUUCAUUUACUUUGUUUUAUGGUUUUGUGGCUGGACAUUGACAACCAAGUCAGGCACCAUGGGGGAUCAGCAGUUGUACAAGAGCAACCAUGUGACCCACGGUGGUGAGAACCUUUUCUACCAACAGCCACCCCUUGGUGUCCACGGUGGGCUGAACCACAACUAUGGGAAUUCAGUCGCAGCGGGUGGAAUGGAUGCCCCUCAAGCUUCGCCCAUCUCCCCCCACUUUCCUCAAGAUACUCGGGAUGGUCUGAGCUUGCCUGUUAGCUCCAAAAACCUUGGCCAAAUAGAUACCUCGAGACAGGGAGGAUGGGGAGGCCACGCAGGACCUGGUAACCAUGUCCAGCUCCGUGGCAACCUGACCAACUCCAACAUGAUGUGGGGGGCGCCGGCCCAGGUGGAGCCAGCUGAUGGCUAUCAGUACACCUACUCCCAGGCCAGUGAGAUCCGGACCCAGAAGCUCACCAGCGGCGUGUUACACAAGCUGGACUCCUUCACCCAGGUGUUUGCCAACCAAAACCUGCGAAUCCAGGUCAACAACAUGGCCCAGGUGCUGCACACCCAGUCGGCAGUGAUGGAUGGAGCCCCUGACAGUGCCCUCCGCCAGCUGCUGUCUCAGAAGCCCAUGGAGCCCCCAGCAGCUGCUCUGCCCUCCCGCUACCAGCAGGUGCCCCAGCAGCCUCACCCUGGUUUCACAGGUGAGCUGUCCAAGCCGGCCCUGCAGGUCGGGCAGCACCCUGCCCAAGGGCACCUGUAUUAUGACUACCAGCAGCCCCUGGGCCAGAUGCCGAUGCAGGGAGGACAGCCGCUGCAGGGCCCCUCGGUGCUGUCCCAGCCCGUGCCACAGAUGCAGCACCAGUAUUAUCCACAGCAGCCACAGCAGCAAGCGGGACAGCAGCGUCUCUCCAUGCAGGAAAUGCAGCCGCAGCCUCCGCAGCAGCUCACCCGCCCGCCUCAGCCUCAGCCUCAGCAGCUGCCGCGGCAAGGUCCAAUGCAGAUACCUCAGUAUUAUCAGCCCCAGCCUAUGAUGCAACACUUGCAAGAGCAGCAGCAGCCAUCGGUGCACCUGCAGCCCCCAUCUUAUCACAGGGACCCCUACCAGUACACCCCGGAGCAGGCACACGCAGUCCAGCUGAUUCAGCUGGGCUCCAUGGCCCCCUACUACUACCAGGAGCCCCAACAGCCCUACAGCCAUCCCCUCUACCAGCAGAGCCACCUGGCCCAGCACCAGCCGCGUGAAGACAGUCAGCUGAAGACUUACUCCAGCGACAGGCAGGCCCCAGCCCUGCUGAGCUCCCACGGGGACCUGGCACCUCCUGAUACCGGAAUGGGAGACUCGGCCAGCUCGGACCUGACCCGGGUAGGCAGUGCCCUCCCCCACCGCCCUCUCCUGUCCCCCACGAGUGGGAUCCAUCUCAACAACACGGACCCUCAGCAUCCACAGCCGUCUCCCAGUGCCAUCUGGCCUCAGAUGCACCUACCUGAUGGGAGAGCCCAGCCAGGGUCCCCUGAGUCAAGUGGCCAACCCAAAGGAGUGUUUGGGGAGCAGUUCGAUGCCAAGAACAAGCUGACAUGCCCCAUCUGCCUGAAGGAGUUCAAGAGCCUGCCCGCCCUCAAUGGCCACAUGCGGUCCCACGGGGGAAUGAGGGCCUCCCCCAGCCUCAAACAGGAGGAAGGAGAGAAGGCCCCGCCGCCUCAGCCCCAGCCUCAGCCCCAGCAGCCACUGCCGCCUCCACCUCCGCCUCCGCCGCAGCUCCCUCCCGAGGCAGAAAGCCUCACACCUAUGGUCAUGCCCGUGUCUGUCCCUGUCAAGCUUCUCCCGCCCAAGCCCAGCUCUCAGGGGUUCGCCAACAGCAUCGCUGCCGCCCCCUCCGCCAGAGACAAGCCGGCCAGCUCUGCAUCGGAUGACGAGAUGCCUGUGCUCGUGAGGAUGACCCUCUCUCCCCCACACUCUCCCCAAGGGGCUGCCCCCCGCGCUCCCGCUGACGCGCCCCGGAGGCCGCCGCGCGCCGAAGAGCCCCGCGCCACUGAGAGGAGGAAGCCGCGGCCCCGGCCCGAGCCGCUCUUCAUCCCGCCGCCGCCCGCCUGCGCCCCAGGGCCCGUUGUGGGUGCCACCGCCACGCUCUUCCAGAGCCAGCUGCGCUCGCCACGCGUCCUCGGGGACCCGCUGCUCCUGGCCCCCGCGCGCGACCGCGAGCCCCCGCCCUACACACCGCCGCCCAUGCUGAGCCCGGCGCGCCAGGGCUCGGGGCUCUUCAGCAGCGUGCUCCUGGGUGGCCACCUGGGCGGCCCGGGGGCGCCCCCGGCCCUGCCGCGCACCCCGCUCACGCCCACGCCGCGCGUGCUGCUCUGCCGCCUCAACAGCAUUGAUGGCAACAAUGUGACGGUCACCCCAGGGCCUGGAGAGCAGACUGUGGAUGUUGAACCACGCAUCAACAUUGGGUUGAAAUUUCAAGCUGAGAUCCCAGAACUCCAAGAUGUCUCUGCCCUGGCCCAGGACACACACAAAGCCACACUAGUAUGGAAACCUUUACCAGAGCUGGAAAACCAAGACCUCCAGCAACAAGUGGAAAAUCUUCUAAAUUUGUGCUGUUCAAGUGCAUUGCCAGGUGGAGGAACCAAUUCUGAAUUUGCUUUGCACUCUCUCUUCGAGGCCAGAGGUGAUGUGAUGGCAACUCUGGAAAUGCUGCUGCUGGAGAAGCCAGUCAGGUUAAAAUGUCAUCCUUUAGCAAAUUACCACUAUGCCGGUUCAGACAAGUGGACCUCCCUAGAAAGAAAACUGUUUAAUAAAGCACUAGCCACUUACAACAAAGACUUUAUUUUUGUACAGAAAAUGGUGAAGUCCAAGACGGUGGCUCAGUGCGUGGAGUACUACUAUACAUGGAAGAAGAUAAUGCGGUUAGGGCGGAAACACCGGACACGCCUGGUGGAAAUCAUUGAAGACUGCAUGACAAGUGAAGAAGAAGAAGAGUUAGAGGAGGAAGAGGAGGACCCGGAAGAAGAUAGGAAAUCCACAAAAGAAGAGGAGAGUGAAGUACAGAAGUCCCCGGAGCCUCCACCAGUGCCUGCCCUGGCUCCCACCGAGGGACUGUCCGUGCAGGCCCCUGGCCAGCCCUUGGGCGCCUUCAUCUGUGAAAUGCCUAACUGCGGGGCUGUGUUCAGCUCCCGACAGGCACUGAACGGCCAUGCCCGCAUCCAUGGUGGCACCAACCAGGUGACCAAGACCCGGGGAGCUGUCCCCUGCACAAAGCAGAAGCCAGGUGGUGCCCAGAGCGGGUACUGCUCGGUGAAGAGUUCGCCCUCUCACAGCACCACCAGUGGCGAGACGGACCCCACCACCAUCUUCCCCUGCAAGGAGUGCGGCAAGGUCUUCUUCAAGAUCAAAAGCCGAAAUGCACACAUGAAAACUCACAGGCAGCAGGAGGAGCAGCAGAGGCAGAAGGCUCAGAAGGCAGCUUUCGCAGUAGAAAUGGCAGCCACGAUCGAGAGGACUACGGAGCCAGUGGGGGCACCAAGGCUGCUGCCCCUGGGCCAGCUAAGCUUGAUCAAACCCAUCAAAGACAUGGACAUCCUCGAUGAUGAUGUGGUCCAGCAAUUAGGAGGCGUCAUUGAAGAGGCCGAGGUCGUGGACACCGAUCUGCUCUUGGAUGACCAAGACUCAGUUUUGCUUCAUGGUGACACGGAACUCUAAAGCCCUGUUUGUCGGUUCCGGACAGUGAGAACCCACGGCCUCCCUCCUCAUGAAUCAGGAAACCUGGACUGCCCUCUUGUUUUGUAAACCCUUUCAAACUACCUGUUUAAAAAGUGGUCGUUUUAUUCAGGUUUAGAAAAAAAAUCCAGUUUCUUCUCCUUUUAUUUUUAUAAUUGUUUCUGUUGGGGGUUGGGGGAAUAAAUAAUUGGCACAACUAUCUUUAAGAGGUGUUUCAUCUGGGCUACACCCUCAUGACCUCAUUCCCCAUGGGGAAUGAACCUGACAUUCAUGUUCUGUUGCUCUUAGGUGUCAACCAUUCUGGUAGCCUUCUGUUGCAAAGCUUGCUGGGAGAGUGUGUGCAUGUAUGUACGUGUGUAUACAUGAGGCAGGUGGCCCUCUUCGUGCUGGGGCUCUGGAUCAUCUUUUCUACCUGGAGUUAUUUUUAUUCUAUUCUGACCCACCAGGAAGUGUUCUUUUCCCCAACAAAAUAGCUCAGAAGAGCCUGUUUUUUUGUUUGUGGUCAGUGGAGGUUUGAAAUUACUUUGUACCACUUGGACGUCCUGUGAAACUGCCUUCACUGGGAUUUUGCUAUCGUUCACACCUGGACUAAAGCUUAUCUAGAGGCUAGCUACAAAGAAUGAGUUUUCUAGGACAUAAAUAAGGACAGCAAAUACAAGGGAAAUUGCAUUGAAGGCCAACAGAAACGGUUUCAGAUACACCUUAGCUACCAUUUUGCAUUCAAACCUGAAUGUAUUCUCUCCAAGUCACUUACCAAAGCAUUUCUAGAUUUCGCUAAGCUGCUAAGCUACAUGACUUUGCUCUGCCACCUCCUGCCCCUGGCAGCAGGGCUGCUAUUGGUACUCGAAGGCAAUAAACCUGUAACCCUUCAAAAAUGUCAUUGCCCAGACUUUUGAACUGAGUCGGACUGACCCAGCCCACUGUUGGCAAAAGUCAGCCUGGGGCGCAGCCCCUCACAGAGAGGGGCUGCUCUUCUCAGCUCCCUGUCGGUGUUAAUGCUUCAUGGCCCCUGCUCCCAGGACCCCUUCUUAGGUAGACCCAUCCCCCAGCACCGUGGCAGUGCCACUGUCUUGCUGGGCCUCUGGCUGGCACAUUGACAGCCUGACAGUGGAGAGGCCAUCAGCAGAGGCAAGGGUAGGCCUGGGCAUCCUUUGAAUUCAGCUCUGCAGGAGCAUUUAGCACACACCCAUGGGGCCAGCUGCAGUCAAACGCAGCCCCCGGGCAGUGGUUUCUGAAUCUCAAGAAAGCCACAGACAAAAGAAAAUAGAUUCACUCUGUUUCCAUUGUUUUGUUUUCAAAGAAGUUGUUUUGGAGAUUUCCUUCAUCUUUCCUUUAGAAAAAAAAAAGUUUGCUACCGUUUCAACAGGUUGUUCUAUCUUUGUGUUUUACCGAGGCAGUUUUGAGUUACGGAGUACCCAAGCAUUGUGCACUGGCUUCUGGCAGAGCUAUUAUAGAACCCUUCCAGCUGCCAGUUCAACAGCUGGUGAAGAAGUAGCCUCUUCCCACUGGUAUCUGAGGAUGAGUCCAGAAUGGUUCCGCAGUUGAGUCUAGCAAAGCUUGUCUGGAAAAGGAGCCAAUGCCCAGAAAAAUGCUUAGAAAGCACAUUUCCUCUUGUUUGGAGAUUUGCCAGUUCUUCCAGUGUUAAGCAUUAGAGAUGAGUUGUCACAGCAAAAAAAAAAAAAAAAGAUGCACAGUUUGAUUUUAAUUUUCCAUGCAGUAUAGUGUAUGGAUCUCUGACUUGAAAUAACCAAAGAACUCCUCCUUAAUGGGACAGUUCGAAUACCUGAAUUAGUAUUUCUCCAUUAUCAACUUAAAAAAUUGACUUCCUAUAAAAUUUUGCACUUGUUUUUUCCUGAAAUGAUUCUGCCUGCAUGUAUGUGCUGUGUCUCAAAUCUCCCUCCGCAGCCCACCCCAAAGAACUUUCCUCCCUGAUUGUUCAUGUCUUCAACAUGGUUACUGUUUACGAUCAGAUGGUUUUUCAUUCGUGCAUUUAGACCUCUUCGAGAAAGCUUGUAUAUAAAAAAGUUAACAGAUAUAUUUUAUGGAAAAACCCAUCUUAUUUUCAAAUAUAUUUAACUGCUGUUAUAUUUUAUUAGAGGAAGGUUGUAAAUAUUUUCUAGGAGUUCUAUUGUAAAGAAAAGUAUUUUUGAAAAAAAUUAAUGUAAUAAAAAGGAAAACAUUUUUAAAUAGCGGUUGUGAUUGCUUCCUGUUCUGGCUUCAUUAUGUUCUAUUCUCAGCAAAUGACUCGCAUGCCUUCCAUAUUGGGAUGUAAUUUAUUCAGGUUUGCACUAUUAUGUAAGUUGACAUCAUAAUAUCUAGUAUGCUUAACUGUACUUUCCUGGAAUGCAGUUCCCUUGGUCCAUAUCAAAGCACUAUGUAUAGCAUAUUCAUAAUUUUUCUUUUGUAAUGUGUGUAUUUUUAAUAAGGAUUUUAUGUAACAUUUUGGCCAAAAAAAAAAAAGAGGACAGUAUUUUCUAGUGAAUUUUAUAACAUUUUGCUAAAAAUGUUUCUUCCUAGGUCAGUUUUUGUUAAGGUGAACCAAAAGUCUUAUUUUACCAGGGGUUUGAAAAAAGUUUGAGGCUUGAAAGCAAAGUUAUAUUUAAACAUCAUAUGUAACAAAUAAAUAAAGAUGUUUUAUAGACUUGUCCUAAAAAGGUGCAUUCCUUAAAAAAAAAAAGAAAGAAAGAAAGAAAGAAAAGAAAAGAAACUGGGGCAUUCUAGAUUGUUUUCCCAUUCUGAGUGUUAAGGAUUUUAAAAAAUUACCACAAUACUUUUUCAGGAAGAAAACCAGGAGAAUUUUAGUGAGGUUCCAGUCAUUCGCCUCCUCAGAAAUUUAUUACAGUUCCUACAGAUGGGCAUUCAUCAGAUAGAAAUGUAACCAAAUAUACACUGUCAUAUUUAUUUGUGAAAACCUGAUUCAAUAUUGCAUCAGCUGCUCUGAAAAUAAAAUAUCUUUUUUUGAGUUU